UGCCAAAGCGGAGCAGCCUACUGGAGCGCAGGAGGCUGCGAUGGCGUUCCACUACUGUCGACAGAUGCUGUGUCAGCUGGGCUUCCUCUCGUGGGAGAAGCGCGCCGAGUUCGACCUGCUGAAGAAGAACGAGAAGCUGCUGAGAGAGCUGAGGAACCUGGACAUCCAGAAGUGCCGUGAAACCCACAAGAUAGCUGUGAUAUAUGUGGCUGAGGGUCAGGAGGACAAGAUAUCUGUGCUCUCCAACCCAGCAGGCAGUCGAGCUUUCGAGGAGUUUGUAGCGGGUCUCGGCUGGGAGGUGGACCUUGGCCAGCAUCCGGGCUUCAUGGGUGGCUUACAGAGUAACAAGAGCACGGGCGGCACAGCACCUUACUACGCGACCUCGUCGCUGGAGGUCAUCUACCACGUGUCGACACGCAUGCCCUCGCACACCGACGACAGCCGCCACGUCAAGCUGAGGCACCUGGGCAACGACGAGGUGCACAUCGUGUGGUCGGAGCACACGCGUGACUACAGACGCGGCAUCAUAGCUACUGAGUUCAACGACAUCAUGAUUGUCAUCUAUCCGCUGCCAAACCUGCUCUACAGAAUACAGAUCAGCAAGAAACCUGAGAUCCCGUACUUCGGACCGCUGUUUGACGGUGCGAUCGUUGAUCAUCGGGUACUUCCAGGAUUGGUUCGUGCGACAGCCAUCAACGCCAGCCGCGUGAAGCGCUCGCUCAUUCCACUCUACCAGUCAUUCUUCGAGGAGCGAGCAAAGUACAUCGACAACGUUGUGAAGAGCCUCAAGGAUCCGACGAGCUUCGAGGAGUUCACGGCGAAGGUGUUCAGUCCGUCGAACCGAGCGUUCGAUCAGGUCCUAGGCGUGCGUGAGUACACUGCACCAUAUCGGUGA